GUGUUUUCCUUUUCCCUGACAGUUCAGGGACAUGGGCUAUUUGCCUCAGGCAAUGGCGAAUUAUCUAGCUCUUUUGGGAUGGGGUGAUGGUACAGAAAAUGAGUUUUUCACUCUUGAACAACUUGUUGAAAAGUUCACAAUUGAACGUGUAAACAAAAGUGGUGCCAUUUUUGAUUCGACCAAGUUAAGGUGGAUGAAUGGUCAGCAUUUGAGAUCUAUACCAUCUGAAGAGCUGAACCGAAUUAUUGGUGAAAGGUGGAAGGAUGCAGGCAUCACUACAGAAUCACAAGGAAUCUUUAUACAG